AUGGCCUGUCCUCCGCGAGAGACAUUCCAAAUUGGUUGGAUAUGUGCCCUACCGAUCGAAGCUGCUGCUGCCAAAGAAAUGCUGGAUGAAAGCUUUGGCACUCUCGACGUGCAAGACCCCACCGACUCCAAUGCCUGUACACUAGGUCGAAUCGGCAAACACCAUGUCGUGAUCGCUUGCCUCCCUGGAGGGCAAUACGGAACCACAUCAGCCACAACGGUCGCCAACCAUAUGAUCCGCACCUUUUCAAAAUCUCUUCGAAUCGGGUUGAUGGUCGGUGUCGGGGGUGGAAUACCAUCGGUUGCGCAUGAUAUCCGACUUGGCGACGUCGUAAUCAGCUGCCCCCAAGGUACAACAAGCGGAGUGCUCCAGUACGAUAUGGGUAAGGUCGGUCCAGGCGGGAGUUUUGAUCGGACUGGCUCCUUGAACAGCCCUCCCCGGCCGCUUUUGACGGCACUUAAUUCAAUGCGGGCUGCGGAGUUGACGGAUGAUCCUCUCUUUCCCGGUUAUAUUGCCAAAUCUACUGAGCGAAAUGCACGAACUCGCAGAACCUUUUUUCGACCGGGAGCACAUCAAGAUCGACUCUUCAAGCAAGAGUUUGAUCAUCCACAGGGCGCGACCGAGUGUGACAGUUGUCAGCAAGACUGGGAAGAGAUGAGGACUGAGCGUGAGGAUACUGAUCCACGGCCACAUUACGGUAUCAUUGCAUCAGGCAAUGCUCUGAUCAAAGAUGCAAGGACAAGAGAGCAGCUGAGGCUGAAGACCGGAGCAUUGUGCUUUGAAAUGGAAGCGGCUGGCCUGAUGAUGGACUUCCCGUGUAUUGUCAUUCGUGGUAUCUGUGACUAUGCCGACACGCACAAGAACGAGCAGUGGCAAGGAUUUGCAGCUUUAGCAGCAGCAUCUUAUGCCAAGGAGCUACUAGGCUACGUACCUGUGGGUCAUAUUCUACAGGAGAACUUGGUGAUCGAUGGAUUCGAAAUGAUUGAAGAUCGCCUAGUCCGACUACAUGGACAGAUAGCACGACAGCACGACGAGCACCAAGCAAGAGUGUCCACAAACCUGCAUCAGAAGUGUCACCAGACCUUCAAGAUAGGUAAAUAUACUGAGCAAAAAGACAUCAACCCAAAAAAGACAGACGGAACAUGUCAAUGGGUACUUCAGAGCUCUGAGUAUGUCCGUUGGAGCGAAAGCAACCAUAAUGACUUCCUGUUGAUUUCGGCUGAUCCUGGCUGUGGGAAGUCAGUACUAGCCAAAACCAUCAUUGACGGCUAUCUGGACGAUCCCAGUCCAGCGGCGACAAUAUGUUACUUCUUCUUCAAGGAAAAUGAGGAACAGAACAAUCUUGCAGCUGCGAUGUGCUCCAUACUACACCAGCUUUUCAGUCAACGGCCUCAUUUAUUGGACCAUGCUAUAUCAUCCUGGAAGAUCAAUGGCAAGGCCCUUCAGAAUGAGCUCGAUGAGCUAUGGGAUAUCUUUAUAAAGGCAACAUCAUCUGACCCGUCAUCUAAGAUCGUAUGCGUCUUGGAUGCCCUUGAUGAGUGUCGUGAGGUUGAUCGGGAUAAAUUGAUCCAGAACAUCAGAUCUCUCCCUCAACAGACUAGCCACUCACAAAGGGAUUGCCAGCCAACGGAAGUUUUUCAUCAAACACCGGACGAUUCCCAGCCACCACCAGGUAACUACUUGAAAUUCCUGGUUACUAGUCGUCCUUAUCAUCAAAUCCAAAAUCGCUUUCAGAACAUGGAUGGUUUCCUCUAUCUUCACUUGAAGGGGGAAGAUGAAAACGAUCAAAUCCGCCAGGAGAUUGAUUCAGUGGUUAGAAUGCGAGUCAAGGAAUUGGCCCAAACAGCGAAACUGGAAUUGAAAGUACAGCAGAAACUUGAGAAACAGCUUCUAAAAAUGGAGAAUCGAACCUAUCUUUGGCUACAUUUGGCAAUUGACGACCUUCGUGCCACUUUUGAGCUUAGCUUUUCGCCGGACGAGGAGCUGGUCCAAAUGACUCCCCCAUCAGUUGAAAAGGCCUACGAAAAGAUUCUCUCUCGAGUUCCAUCCGGACAAACAAAUACAGUAAGCAGAAUCUUUCAAAUCAUUAUGGCAGCACGACGCCCUUUGACAACCAGAGAAAUGGCUAUGGCUCUAGGUAUAUCUCAUAAAGGCUAA